AUGUUAAUUGGCGUACCCAGGGAGAUUAAAGCAGACGAGUAUCGGGUUGGCCUCACACCAGCCAGCGUUAGAGAGCUUGUCACUCAUGGUCAUAAAGUACUGGUCGAACAUCUCGCCGGUGACGUGAUUGGCUUACACGACGAGGACUAUACCCGCGCCGGUGGGCAGAUCUGCGCAACCGCUGAGGAAAUUUUUGCCCAGGCCGAACUCAUUGUAAAAGUCAAAGAACCACAGCCAGCCGAAGUGGCCAUGCUGCGUGAAGGACAGGUGUUGUUCACUUACCUGCACCUGGCAGCCGACGCAGAGCUGACCCGCAAUUUGGCGGCGACAGGCUGCACCGCCAUCGCUUAUGAAACGGUUACCGACCGGUUUGGCGCACUACCCCUGCUGGCACCCAUGAGCGAAGUUGCCGGACGCAUGUCAGUACAAGCGGGCGCCCACUGCCUGGAAAUAGAGCAAGGCGGGCGCGGCAUAUUGAUGGGCGGCGUGUCUGGCACCCCAGCGGCCAAAGUGACCAUUUUAGGUGGUGGCGUGGUUGGCGCCAAUGCAGCCCGAGUGGCUCUGGGUAUGGAAGCUGAUGUCAACAUCCUGGAUAUUUCCCUGCAUACCCUGACCCAGCUGGAUACCCAUUUUGGCGGUGGUCUUAACACGGUGUUCUCAACUGUGGACGCUUUACAACAGUGCGUUGCAGAGGCGGAUCUGGUGAUUGGCGCGGUUCUGGUACCUGGCGCGUCUACGCCUAAACUGGUAACCGAAGAUAUGGUGCGGGACAUGAAAAAGAGCGCGGUGCUGGUGGAUGUUGCCGUGGACCAGGGCGGUUGUGCAGCCACCUCGAAACCAACCACCCACUCCAAUCCCACCUACAGAGUCCACGAUGUGGUGCACUAUUGCGUCGCCAACAUGCCGGGUGCUGUGGCACGCACUUCUGCCUUUGCUCUGAAUAAUGCAACGUUGCCAUUCGUGCUGGCAUUGGCCAACCAGGGUGCGCACCAGGCGAUGGCUGCAGAUAUCCACCUGCGCCAUGGGUUGAAUCUGCACGCCGGACAUGUGACCUACGCGUCGGUGGCCGCCGCCACCGGUCUGAUGCAUAAACCUGCCGAGGAGGCAUUAGGGCUGUAA